AUGUCGUCGUCGUCACUGAAGAGCACGUCGAGUCUCUCCAAGUCCGAGUCCGGAACCGGGCGGUGGGCCUCGUCGGACGAGUAUGAGUAUGAGUGUUACGGCUCAUCGACCGUGGACGAGGAAAAGGCACGGCUGGACGGCGGGUACAUCGACACGUCGGCGACGCGGCGGCCGAUGUGGCGACUGCUGGCGUUCAUGGCGCCGCACAAGCUGCUGCUGGUGCUGGCCGCGGCCUCGUCAGUGCUCAACAAGAUCCUCGAUCUCGCCCCGCCUAUUCUCGUCAAGUGGGUGGUGGACACGCUCGAGGGCUCGCCGCCCGACUGGCUGGUGACGCUCUCCGGUGAGCCUGGCGCGGUCCACCCGGGGAAGGGCCAGUGGCAUCUCCCGCUGGCGAUUGGCCUCCUCACUAUUGCCAUCUUCUUCUUCGAGUCGCUCUUCCAGUUCCUCUACGAGCUCCUGUUCAAGCUUCUGGCGCAAAAGACGCAGCACGAGGCACGGAUGGGCUCGUACGCUGCCCUGCUGCAGCGCGAGAUGCGGUUCUUUGAGCGCCACCGGACCGGCGACCUGCUCUCGCUCCUCAACAACGACAUCAAUCAGCUUGAGCGGUUCCUCAACACGGGGCUCAACGAGAUCCUGCAGUUUGGCGUUGUCCUCGCCUUCUCUGGCGCCAUCCUCUUUUACGUCUCCUGGGAGCUGACGCUCAUCGGGCUCACGCCCAUCCCGGUCAUUCUCGCCGGCUCGUUCCUUUUCCAGGCACUUAUUCAGCCGCGGUACAAGGUGCUCCGCGCCAAGGUCGGCGAGCUCGCGGCACGGCUGGAGAACAACAUCUCGGGUAUAGCUGUGACCAAGGCCUUUACCGCCGAGGCCUUUGAAUUUGACCGGGUCGACACCGUCUCGAGCGAGUACCGCGACGCCAACUUUCGGGCCAUCCGCGUUGCUGCCGCCUACAUCCCAGUCAUCCGAAUGUCCAUUGCUGUCGGCUUUGCCGCUGUCCUCACCUGCGGCACGUACUGGGUCAUCAACGACGAGAAGGGCCUCUCCAUCGGCGACCUGGUCAUGUUCUCCAUGCUCAUCCAGCGCCUGCUCUGGCCGAUCACCCGCCUCGGCGCAACCAUCGACGAGUUCCUUCGCGCCCGUGCCUCGGCCCGCCGCGUCUUUACCCUCCUCGACCAGGCGCCCGAGAUCCGCGACCCGGAGAAUCCCAAGCUGUUCCCGGCUCCGGCCAAGUCUCAUCUUCGCGGUAAGCGCAAGGCCAAGCGCAAGGCCAAGGCCAAGAGUAGCUCCGCCGCAGCCCCGCUGCUUACCUCGCCGCACGCCCAGGGCGCCAUCACCUUUGAGGACGUCUGGUUCUCCUACGCCGAGUCGGGCAGCCCGGCCAUCCUCCGAGGCCUGACCUGUCGCCUGGCCGCUGGCGAGACCGUCGGCAUCGCCGGACUGACAGGCGCCGGCAAGUCGACGCUCGCCAAGCUCGUCCUUCGCAUGUACGACGUCAACGAGGGCGUCGUCUGCAUCGACGGCGUCGACGUCCGGUCGCUCCCGCUUGACGUCCUCCGCGCCAACAUUGCCCUCGUCUCACAGGACACGUACCUCUUCCACGGCACCAUCCGCGAGAACAUUGCCUACGGUCUCACCAAGCGCAAGUACCUUAGCUCCCGUGUCGAGGCCGCCGCUCGCGAGGCUGAGCUCCACGACUUUAUCACAAGCCUGCCCGACGGCUACGAGACCCUCAUUGGCGAGCGCGGCGUCCGCCUCUCGGGUGGCCAGCGCCAGCGGCUCUCCAUUGCUCGCGCCCUCCUCAAGGAUGCGCCCAUUCUCAUCCUCGACGAGGCCACGUCGGCUGUUGAUACCGAGACAGAGCUCUCCAUCCAGCGCAACCUCCGCAAGCUUACCGCCGGCAAGACGGCUCUCGUCAUCGCCCACCGCCUCUCCACCAUCCGCCACGCCGACCGCAUCCUUGUCCUCCACGAAGGCGUCGUUGCCGAGGAGGACACUCACGACAACCUCAUCGCCGCCGGCGGCACCUACGCCCGACUGUGGAACAUCCAGAUUGGCGAGCUCUUUGACUCGUCGUCGUCGUCGUCGUCGUAGUAGCGUCGCCUCUGCCGUGAAAAAAAACACCCACCCUGCACA